CGCAUGGUAGAUGUAGAGGGCGCCCUUUUUACUUACCAGAAAAUCGCAGCAGACGACAUUCGUGACAUUUUGGCUCCAAAUUUUGACUCUGUCAUUUUCUUGGACCUGGGUGAAAACAUUCGGCGGGCAUAUAUUUAGACAGUAUUGUCAACAUGGGGGACGACCCAUAUGAAGAUGACAGUAAUGAUCCUUCACAGCCACUCCACCAUCCUGCUACCCCAUCGGAGGCUGAGCUUCAGGUUCAGAGGAUGCUGGGAGAACAAUUGCACACUGACAUCUCUAUAGAGCAGCAGGUUUCUAAGAGCAGGUCGUUCACCCCGGCCACGUCAACCUUCAGACCUUUCGUUGAGCGAGCGAGUGGUCAAUUAUCCCUGGAGGAGUUUCAAGCUCUUGAGAAGGAGCACCAAGAACUUGAAGAGUUGAGGGCGUGCGGACUGAACGACCAGGAAAUUGCCUUCAAAUUGGAACAUGAGGGGCGACAGCUAUCCAACCUUCUUUAUCCUCACAAGAGGGGUCAUUUUCUCGCUGAUCCUGCCACUCGACAGAAACGUCUCAAGAUAGUGGAGGACAAGAUCCAAAGAAGGAACACACAACUCAACUCGUCACAAGAUGCGACAUCAUCUUCCUCUGACAAUCAACAGAUGACUGAUGACUCACAAGGAGGAAGUGCUUUCUCAUCUCAACAUCAGACAUUACUUGGCAAGAAGUUUGUCCAUCCAGAUGAUCCCAUCAACCAUCUAGAUGCCAUCGCUGCCGGGCUUUUUGGCAAGACCAAUGAAGAUAAACAACUUGGAAAUGUUUCACCAAGACGAGGAAAUACCACGUCCCUCAUGGGCGAACCCACCAGAGGAUGCAGUCCCGGUUGCCGUGACGACGGUCCUCAUCCCACAGAAGAGGGAGGGGUCAUUAACGAGUGCACCUCCAAGGAGAAAUCAGUGGGUAUCUUCAGAGAGGGAUUAAGAGCAGAGUGUACAUCAGAGUCCGUCGGCGAGGAAUCAGUCACGGGACAUGCUACUCACAUCGGCCAAGCUAGACAUCUAACUAAGCAGGGAGUGUCCCUAGAGGGCGCACCCAAGGAGGGGAUUACAAAUUGUGCCACGGGGGGUUUAGAGACGAGAGAGAAAUCACGUCUUGUCCCGGGAGUGGAGGGGGAAUGCAUCGGUGGACAAGGUGAAGAUAACGAGCCCCGUAGGCUGAUCGACGUCAUCAGACCUUUGUCACGAGAGGAUUUAUUGCUGCAUCGUCUCAGUCAGGAUGACAUUUGUAGGAUGGAGCGCUUUGCAAACUACUCACCGGGCCAACCAAGCAAGGUUCUGUACCUUAAGAACCUGUCAAGUAAGGUCACAGAGGCUGAUCUAGCAUCACUCUUCAUCAGUUUCCAACAUCCUGACAAACCUAAGAUCCUCUUCAAACUUCUUAAAGGAAAGAUGAGAGGUCAAGCUUUCGUGACCUUUGCAGACACAGAAACGGCAGCUGAUGCGAUGGCACAUGCGAAUGGUUAUCCAUUGAAAGGGAAACCAGUGAUCAUACAGUAUGGAAAGAAUAGGUGACAGGGAACCAGCAGAACAUCACAAGAAUCUGUCAAAAAUGAAUGGCAGAGAGAGAAGAUGGCUGUAAUCCCGGAUUUACACAUCUUCCUUGUGGCAAUCUCCGUCUCCCAGCAAUCGACAAGUGAUUUCAACUUCUGAGCGCAUCUCAAAACCUCCCAAGGGUACCGACGAAAAAACAAAUGCCGGCUUUUAAGUGCAAUAGGGACACGGAGACGAAGCUGGAUAAGACGGGGGAAAAAGAGGAGCUGCCGUGUUUGUGCCUCCUAAAUGAUAUUAUGGUUGGGUCAUCCAGCCUAUUUGGACAGCUGAAAAUGUGCGGAAGCUGUAGAGGACGUUAUCCCCGCGAGCACCUGCUGCGAUUCCCGGGCCUCUCGGGUACCUCUCGCUUCGUGGUGUCUCCUUCAUCGAAAGCCCUCUCAUCGUAUGUACAACGCCCAAGCCAGGAAGUAUGUACUCUGGCUUGCUUGUGGAUCAUGUUUUCUCGCAUUUCCCACGGGUGUAUGAUACUGCCUUCAACCGGAUAAGCUUGUCAUCCCAACAGGAUUGUAAUUUGUUUGAUUUUUAAUCCAGGAAUCUGAUUUAUGUACAGGAAUGUUGUUAUGCUUUCGUCUAAGAAAAAAAAAACAGACUCUGUUUGCUUAUGUGCUUCGUGCACUUGUUUUCCUAUUCAAAAAUCCUCAAAUGGUUUUUAUUUCUAUGAACUCAAGUUGCCCAAUAAGACUUGUGCAGUCCACUUGAAGCCUCGUCAAAUGCUGUAUUGUCUUUUCUGUCAAGAAAUCCCAUGCAGAACCCCUAAUUCGCAUAGUGCGACCUCCAGCGGCAGAUAUGCGCCGAUGGCUGCUUUAGGUACAAGAUUGGUCGCUGUACUAACGACUGUCACCAGAGACAAAGAUAAGACCUACAGAGUUGAACAGCCCGUUUUCAAAUAGUGUGGUAGAAUCUGCGUUUAUGAAAUCUUGACUUGGUGUUGGCAUUAUUUAAAGCCAUCAAGAUCUCCAGUAUUAAAACUCUAUCUUGAUAUCACCUUCACACCCCAUCGCCCCUUGCAACGACAUCAAGUGACUCUGUCCAGACCUACAACCCAAGAGAGGUCAUCAUAUACCGCGCAUCGAUAUUCCACCUGCACAUCAGUGGAGUGCAGAGUCAACCUUUUGUCAUCAAUUGGAGGUGUCAAGAAGGAGGAGGAGGACUGAGAUCCCAUAUUGAUGCCAGUGUAGAUAGGAAUCACAUCGAGUCAACUCCUCGGGGAUUGGAAGCUCCUUAUAUUAUUAAACCUGUCAGGUUUUUUUUUUUGGCAAUGGAGUGAGUUAUUAAACGCAUGGUCAGUGACGAGAUGAGAAAACGCCAUUUGGCCCAAGUAAUGACUUUCUGUUGCUUGGUGUUUUCUUUAUGCCGAAGUACUGGCAAGUGUUUACAGGAUUUGAUUUAUUUGGAUUGGUUUGUUUAAUCAGGUUUAUUGCUUUGCUCUGGUUUUUCGUUUCCUCCGGGAUGAUCAAAAUCGGAGGUGGUUUCGUUCGGCUUUUGUUGACGACAGGUCGUGUCUAUCGUAUAGUUGGAGAAGUCUUGAAAAGUUCCAAUUGAUUCUUGGUUUUUGGGGCACAAGUGAUUGGUUUUCAUUAUACCCAACUUCAACUGAUAUAUGAUACAGUUUGGAAAUUGUUAAAGGUAUCCAAACUUUUGUACACUUUAUUUAAAAUGAAACCUACAUGGUGAAAUUUCAUUUGCUGUGACUAGCUUUUAAUACUAUGCAAAAAUUGGACUCGAAUUAAAGGUGGAGUGAAAUGUUUUGGUAUAAAUAAAUGUAUUAAGAAAACCCGAGGGGAAAAGUUUAUUUGACUAUCUCAGCUGCUACAAAAGAAAGACACCCGCAAGCGUUUUAUGGAGUAGCUCUUCAUAACGACUUUCGUCUUCGUGCACAAUUAUUAAUUUACUGCCGGACAUUAAUCGUCUUCUCUUCUUCAAAAUCGCUAAUAAUUCCUCGAUUCAUUGGCUGCAUUGAUUUCAGUAUAGCUCGUUCAAUUGAUGGGCUCUGAAUAUGAGCUGUUUUGACAAGAUGGGUGUUCUGUAUUGUGUCAACGUCCUGUGAAAUUAACAUUCCUCGACACGUCUCCUUUCAAGAAUUUCAUUUUGGCUCGUGAACUGUAGACGUACCUCUAGGUUCAAAGUAGUUAAUUUUACAAAAUGUUGAUAUUAAAUUACCAAUUUGGUUAAAUUAAAAAGCUGGUAUA